GGCCACCAUGGCGGCUGUGUUCGAUAUCGACCUGGAGACAGAAGAGGGCAGCGAGGGCGACGGCGAGCCGGAGCUCAGCCCCGCGGAUGUUGAUCUGAAUUUGAGGACAGCAGGUUUGGAGCCCGUGGGGCACUAUGAAGAGGUGGAAUUGUCAGAGACCUGUGUGAACCAUGGACCUGAACGCAUCGGCCCCGACUCUUUCGAGCUCCUCCGAGUCCUGGGCAAAGGAGGCUUUGGCAAGGUAUUCCAGGUCCGGAAGGUACAAGGCACCAACGCGGGGAAAAUAUUUGCCAUGAAAGUGCUGAGAAAAGCGAAAAUUAUGCGCAGCGCUAAGGACAUAGCCCACACAUGGGCUGAACGGAGGAUCCUGGAGGCCGUGAGGCACCCUUUCAUCGUGGAACUGGUGUAUGCCUUCCAGACUGCCGGCAAGCUCUAUCUCAUUCUGGAGUACCUCAGUGGAGGAGAACUCUUCACGCAGCUGGAGCGUGAGGGCAUUUUCAAGGAGGACACCGCCUGCUUCUACCUGGGGGAGAUCACACUGGCCCUGGGCCACCUCCACUCCCAAGGCAUCAUCUACCGGGACCUUAAGCCCGAAAACAUCAUGUUGAGCAGCCAAGGCCACAUCAAGUUGACAGAUUUCGGCCUGUGUAAGGAGUCUAUUCACGAGGGUUCGGUCACUUACACUUUCUGUGGCACCAUUGAGUACAUGGCCCCCGAGAUCCUCACAGGCAGUGGCCACAACCGGGCAGUGGACUGGUGGAGCCUGGGAGCCCUGAUGUAUGACAUGCUCACAGGAACGCCUCCCUUCACCGCAGAGAAUCGAAAAAAAAUGAUUGACAAGAUCCUCAGGGAGACGCUGGUGCUGCCACGCUACCUCACUCCAGAUGCUCGGGACCUCCUCAAGAAGUUUCUGAAGAGAAACCCUAGUCAGCGACUUGGGGGUGGACCUGGGGAUGCAGCAGAUGUGCAGAAACACCCUUUCUUCCGCCAUAUCAAUUGGGAAGACCUGUUGGCCCGACAAGCAGAACCCCCCUUCCGGCCCUGCUUGCAGUCUGAGGAGGAUGUGAGCCAGUUUGACACACAAUUCACGAAGGAGACGCCUGAGGACAGCCCUGAUGACUCAGCCCUCAGUGAAAGUGCCAACCAGGCUUUCUUGGGCUUCGACUACGUGGCCCCCUCUGUCCUGGAGGGCAUCAAGGAAGGCUCCUCGUUCCAGCCCAAGCUGCGGUCCCCUCAACGCCUCAACAGCAGUCCUCGGACCCCCAUCGGCCCCCUGAAAUUCUCACUCUUCGAAGGGUUCCGACCUAGCACCGACCCAGCAGAGUCCAUGGAGCUACCCCCAUCCCCACCCCCACCUCCACCUCCAGUCAGCUGGGCUCCUCUUCCCAUCCGGAUGCCCACUGGCAAGAAAGCCAAGAAAAGUCGGGGCUGCUCUGGACGCUAG